AUGUCACUAAACGAAGAGGAAAGCUAUGAAUAUGACUGUGAGAAAGAAAAUCAGAGAGAAGGCACAUUUGACAGGCAGACCCUUGAUAUCUUGGAAGAAGUUUUAUGUGCUGAAAGAGUGGGCCAGAUGACUAAAACAUACAAUGACAUAGAUGCUGUUACACGUCUUCUUGAGGAGAAAGAACGGGACUUAGAAUUAGCUGCUCGGAUUGGCCAGUCGCUGUUAAAGAAGAAUAAAUCACUGACAGAAAGAAAUGAGUUUCUGGAGGAGCAAGUAGAACACAUCAGGGAAGAGGUUUCUCAGCUGCGGCAUGAGCUCUCCAUGAAAGAUGAGCUGCUCCAGUUCUAUACCAGUGCUGCUGAAGAAAGUGAGCCGGAGUCCGUCUGUUCCACCCCGCUGAAGAGGAAUGAAUCUUCCUCCUCCGUCCAGAACUAUUUUCAUUUGGAUUCUCUUCAAAAGAAACUCAAGGACCUUGAAGAGGAGAAUGUUGUGCUUAGAUCUGAGGCCUGUCAGCUGAAGACUGAAACAAUUACUUAUGAAGAGAAAGAACAACAGCUUGUCAAUGACUGUGUAAAAGAGCUAAGGGAUGCAAACAUCCAGAUUGCCAAUAUCUCUGAAGAGUUAGCAAAGAAAACCGAAGAUGCUGCCCGGCAGCAGGAAGAAAUCACCCAUCUUCUCUCUCAGAUAGUCGAUCUGCAGAAAAAGGCAAAAGCUUGUGCAGUUGAAAAUGAAGAACUCGUCCAGCAUUUGGGAGCAGCUAAAGAUGCCCAGAGGCAGCUCACAGCAGAGUUGCGAGAGCUGGAAGACAAGUAUGCAGAGUGCAUGGAAAUGCUUCAUGAGGCUCAAGAAGAGCUGAAAAACCUUAGGAACAAGACCAUGCCAAAUGCCGUAUCACGUCGGUACCACUCUCUUGGUCUCUUCCCUAUGGAUUCUUUAGCAGCAGAGAUAGAAGGAUCGAUGAGGAAAGAACUGCAUUUAGAUGAACCUGACUCUCCUGACUUGGCUCAUCAGAAGCGGGUCUUCGAGACAGUGAGAAAUGUUAACCAAGUUGUCAAGCAGAGAUUCAUGACUCCGUCACCAAUGAAUAUCCCAGGCUCUAACCAGUCCUCUGCUAUGAACUCAGUCAUUUCCAGCUGUAUCAGCACUCCACGUUCCAGUUUCUAUGGGGGCGACAUCUCUAACAUUAUGAUAGACAACAAGACCAAUAGCAUCAUCCUUGAGACAGAAUCCUCUGACAAUGGAAAUGAAGACAGGAUGAAGAAGCCAGGAACUCCAGGGACUCCAGGCUCCAGUGACCUAGAGACUGCCCUUCGUAGGCUGUCCCUCAGGAGGGAGAAUUACCUCUCGGAGCGCAAGUUCUUCGAAGAAGAGCAGGAAAGGAAGUUGCGGGAACUGGCAGAAAAGGGCGAGCUCCAUAGUGGCUCCGUUACCCCAACAGAGAGCAUCAUGUCACUGGGAACUCACUCCAGGUUUUCAGAAUUCACUGGAUAUUCAGGAAUGUCUAUCAGCAGUCGCUCCUACCUGCCAGAAAAGCUUCAGAUUGUGAAACCACUAGAAGGUUCUGCCACUUUGCACCACUGGCAGCAGCUGGCUCAGCCUCACCUGGGUGGGAUCCUGGACCCGAGGCCUGGGGUUGUCACGAAGGGCUUCAGGACCCUGGACUUGGACCUGGAUGAAGUGUACUGCCUUAAUGACUAUGAGGAAGAUGAGUCAGGUGACAUUUCUUACAAGGGCCUAACUACCUCGGCGCCAGUUCAGCACACAGAGACCUCAGGUGAGAGGUCACAAGCACAAGUGACUGUUUCAGACAACAAGAAUAACCCCCGCCAAUCUCAGGCUUUCACAGAGGAGAUGCAGGAGUCCGCGACUGACGAUGAUGAGGGGUCUGGUGAGGGAAACUCAUUAAGUCCAGUAAAACUGACAUCUUUACAGGAUUUUGAUUACUGGGCCGUUCUCGCAUCUCUCCAGAACAGCAUCCAUAGUAUUGCUUUGUGUGUAGCAUCUGCACGUUAA